AGGACAGGCGCAUGCGCUCUGCCGCCUUUAUUCAGAGCAGGCUCUUCGGGGCGGAGAGCAGUGCUGCUGUUUUACCCGAAUAUCAAACCAUCAACAAGCCCGCAGCGGCGCUCAGAGCAGCGGAUAACCCGGCGAGCAGGGCUGUAAAACACUAGAAGAAUGAGCGCCACUGAGUCGGAUUCGCCUUCCUCCUCGGAUGAAUUGCUGAAGUCUUUCCAUGACCAGUGUUUGAACUGUUUACUGUAAUAGCUCUCAGCCAAACAUAUGGUGCACACUUGCCAGCUCGUGUUCACAUACAGUGGCUUGCAAGUAAUAAAGUGCCGUUUUGCACCUUGGCUGAUCACUUUCGUUUCGUUUGGUGGCCUUUUUUGUAUGCGUUGCCCUGGGAUCUGCUGGUUAGCUGGUCCAGUCCUAAAGAAGUAUGGAGACCAACAUGGAGUAUAUUGUAGGGCAGGUAACGCAGAAAGACUUGGGGAGGCGCCUGCAGGUUGGACAGGAGAUCAUAGACUAUGUACUGGACAGACAGAAGUCACAUGAUCUGGAGCAUGACCAGACCAUGCUGGACAGGAUGGUGGAUGGCCUGGCCACUUCCUGGGUCAACUCCAGCAAUUUCAAGGUGGCCCUGCUGGGAAUGGACAUUGUGUCAGCUCUAGUAACACGAUUACAGAACCGCUUUAAAACACUAAUUGGUACAGUCUUGCCUAGUUUAACAGACCGUUUAGGUGAUGCCAAAGACCAAGUGCGCGACCAAGCCCAUUCACUGCUGCUGAAAAUGAUGGACCAAGCUGCCAGUCCACAGUAUGUAUGGGACCAGAUGCUGGGAGGUUUCAAACACAAGAACAACAGGACCAGAGAAGCCGUCUGCUUUUGCCUUAUUUCCACACUAAACAUUUAUGGAGCCCAAGGCCUCACUUUAAGCAAGAUUGUCCCCCAUAUAUGUAAUCUACUAGGAGACCCCACGAGCCAAGUUCGAGAUGGAGCCAUGAGCUGCCUUGUGGAGAUUUACAGACAUGUUGGGGAGAGGGUGCGCAUGGAUCUGGGGAAAAAAGGAUUGCCACAGUCACGCUUGAAUGUAAUCUUUAACAAAUUUGACGAAGUCCAAAGAUCGGGGAAUAUGAUCCUGUCUGCAGAUAAGAACAUUGACGAUGAUGACUCUGUGGAUGGGGGCCGAUCCUCUGCCUCCUCUAAGGGAGCAGCAUCAGCGCGGCGGACAGGAUCCAUGCGCAGGCCAAGCUCCGCCUCCAGCACCAAGAGCACAGGUAAAGAGGGCUCAGGUGCUGGUGCAGUGGAUGAGGAAGACUUCAUCCGUGCCUUUGAGGAUGUGCCCACCAUACAGAUUUACUCCAGCAGAGAGCUGGAGGACUCCAUGAAUAAAAUCCGAGAAGUCCUCUCAGACGACAAGCAUGACUGGGAGCACAGAGUUGCAGCGCUGAAGAAGGUGCGCUCGCUGCUGCUUGCGGGAGCCACAGACCACGAGGGAUUUCUUCAACAACUGCGUCAGCUGGAGAGCGCCUUCAAACUGUCCGCUAAAGACCUGCGCUCGCAGGUGGUCCGCGAGGCCUGCAUCACGCUGGGGCAUUUAUCUUCUGUUCUGGGCAACAAGUUUGACCAUGGAGCCGAGUCCAUCAUGCCCACGCUGCUUAACCUCGUUCCUAACAGUGCCAAAAUCAUGGCCACAUCGGGCAUUGCAGCCAUCCGCCUCAUUAUACGACACACACACUACCCUCGGCUCAUCCCCAUCAUGACCAGCAACUGCACAUCUAAAUCUGUGGCCGUCCGACGGCGCUGUUACGAGUUUUUAGAUCUUUUACUACAGGAAUGGCAGACUCAUUCUCUGGAGAGGCAUGUAGCCGUCCUGAUGGAGACCAUUAAGAAAGGAGUUCAUGAUGCAGACUCGGAAGCAAGAUCUGUUGCCAGAAAGUGUUAUUGGGGUUUCCACGGCCACUUCAGUAAAGAGGCGGAGCAGCUGUUUCAGGCUCUCGAGCUGACCUAUCAGAAGGCUCUCCAGUCUCAUCUUAAGAGCUCGGACAGUAUUAUGUCCCUCCCGCAGUCUGACCGCUCCUCGUCCAGCUCCCAGGAAAGUCUCAAUCGGCCACUGUCUGCAAAAGCUGCAGUAGGAAACAGCAGUGUAACCAGAACUAAAGUCAUUACCUCUAAAGUGUCCUCCACGCCUGGCUCUCUGCAGCGGUCUCGCAGUGAUGUGGACGUAAACGCUGCUGCCAGUGCCAAAUCAAGAAUGCCCACUGUGCCCGCGGCUGCCCCCUUCAGCUCAGCCACAGCACUGCCACCAGGCUCUUACGCAUCACUGGAUGCUACUCCUGGUUAUAUGGAGGGUCGCGUCCGCACCAGGAGACAGAGUUCGGGUAACAGUGCAGGGGGAGGAGUCUCUGUUACAGACAGUAGGGGGCGGAGCCGAGCUAAAGUGGUUUCUCAGUCACAACGAUCCAGAUCAGCUAAUCCAGUGGGUGGUAAGACUUACGCUGGGAGUCGCUCCAGCUCUCCUGGGAAGCUCGGCGGUCAUUCAUAUGGAAGAGUGCCCCGUGCAACAGGUAGUGCGACCCCCUCUGAGAAGCGCAGCAAAAUCCCCCGCAGUCAGGGCUGCAGCCGAGAGACCAGCCCCAGCCGCUCUGGCCAAGUGCGGGGAAGUCGUAUCCCUCGACCCAGUAUGAGUCAGGGCUGCAGUCGUGACACCAGCAGAGAAAGCAGCAGAGACACCAGCCCUGCACGGGGCUUCACUCCCCUGGCAUCCCGGCGCCACUCUCGCUCCACCAGCGCCCUGACAGCGGGUGACACCCUGCAGACAGAUCGUUUUGGUCUGAUCCAUCAGGCGCGUAUAUCUGCUUCAGUUAACGCCAUGCGGAUCCUCAACACCGGCAUGGAGGUGGAGGCGGCUGUAGCUGAUGCUCUGCUUUUAGGAGACUCCAGAAAUAAGCGGAGACCCAUGCGGCGGCGGUAUGAAUCCCCUGGCAUGUAUUCGGAUGACGACGCCAACAGCGACGCGUCCAGCGCUUGCUCAGAACGCUCAUACAGCUCACGGAACGGCGGAGUCCCGCACUACAUGCGUCAGACCGAGGACGUAGCAGAGGUCUUAAACCACUGUGCCAGUUCCAACUGGUCCGAGCGCAAGGAAGGCCUGCUGGGCCUCCAGAACCUUCUGAAGAGCCAAAGAAUCCUCAGCCGUGUGGAGCUGAAGAGGCUGUGUGAGAUUUUCACCAGAAUGUUUGCAGACCCUCACGGCAAGGUGUUCAGCAUGUUCCUGGAGACACUGGUGGACUUCAUCACGCUACACAGAGACGACCUGCAGGACUGGCUCUUUGUGCUGCUGACCCAGCUGCUGAAGAAGAUGGGUGCUGACCUGCUAGGCUCUGUUCAGGCCAAAGUGCAGAAAGCCCUGGACGUCACCAGGGACUCUUUUCCGUAUGACCAGCAGUUCAACAUCCUGAUGCGCUUCAUUGUCGAUCAGACCCAGACCCCAAACCUUAAGGUAAAGGUGGCCAUUCUAAAGUAUAUCGAGUCCCUGGCCAGGCAAAUGGAUCCCUCAGAUUUUGUGAACUCCAGCGAGACCCGGCUGGCUGUUUCCCGCAUCAUCACCUGGACGACAGAGCCUAAAAGCUCAGAUGUCAGAAAGGCGGCUCAGAUGGUGCUGAUCUCGCUGUUUGAGCUGAACACUCCGGAGUUCACCAUGCUGCUGGGCGCUCUGCCCAAAACCUUCCAGGAUGGAGCCACCAAGCUCCUGCACAACCACCUGAAGAACAAUGCCUCAGCCACGGGUUCACCAAGCAACACAGUGGGCCGCACUCCUCCACGCCACCCCAGUAGCCGCACCAGUCCUCUGACAUCACCAACAAACUGCUCUCAUGGAGGCCUUUCACCCAGUCGUAUAUGGGGCUGGAGCUCGAAUGGCCUCUCAAAGCCAACGUGCCCCUUCACUCCCCCUCCUCCCCCUGGCCCACCAACCCCCCCUCACCGGGCCCUGCGACGGGCCUUCUCGCCGAGCAUGCUGGAGUACGACACCGAGAACAUGAACUCUGAGGAGAUCUACAGCUCUCUGAGAGGAGUGACGGAGGCCAUUCAGAGCUUCAGCUUCCGCAGCCAGGAGGAUACCUUUGAGCCCAUUAAACGGGAUACCAAGAAAGACGAUGCGUGUGGCGUGGCGUCCCCUGCUGCUGACCCCCGGCUUGCUACAGAUGUGAUGGAGGGGGGUAGGAUGGCCCUGGAUAAUAAAACCUCGUUGCUGAACACGCCGUCCCCUCGGCAGUUCCUCGGGCCUAGGACUCGAGAGUACAACCCCUACAACUACACCGACUCCAUCAGCUCGUACGACAAGAGUGCCCUCAGGGAGGCUGUGUUUGACGAUGAUGUGGAACAGUUCCGGGAUGGUAAAACCUGUCGUCGACAGGAUUUUGGAGAAAACAAAAUAAUGCAUCCCAAAAGUUUCUCUACUGGACCCACACAGAAUUUGGAGUUGGUGGGUGACCUGCUGAAGGAGCUGUCUGGUCACAGCGAGCGCGUGGAAGAGCGGCGGGCGGCCCUGCUGGAGCUGCUGAAGGUUACCCGGGACGACAGUGUGGCCGUGUGGGAGGAGCAUUUCAAGACCAUGCUGCUCCUGCUGCUGGAAACAAUGGGGGAUAAAGAUCACACCAUCCGGGCACUGGCUCUGCGUGUUCUGAAGGAGAUCCUGCGCAGUCAGCCUGCACGCUUCAAAAACUAUGCAGAACUCACCAUCAUGAAAACACUGGAGGCACACAAGGACUCCCACAAAGAGGUGGUGCGUGCGGCAGAAGAGGCAGCCUCCACGCUGGCUAGUUCCAUCCAUCCGGAACAGUGCAUUAAGGUUCUGUGUCCCAUCGUCCAAACCGCAGACUACCCCAUUGACCUGGCUGCCAUUAAAAUGCAGACCAAAGUCAUUGAGCGGAUCCCCCAGGAUUCUCUGCACCAACUGCUGCCUGACAUCAUCCCUGGCCUGCUGCAGGGCUAUGAUAACACUGAGAGCAGUGUGAGGAAAGCCAGUGUUUUCUGCCUGGUUGCAAUCUAUUCAGUGAUUGGGGAAGACUUGAAGCAACAUCUUGGUCAGCUUACUGGCAGCAAGAUGAAACUGCUGAACCUGUACAUCAAGAGAGCUCAAACAACCAACAGCAACAGCAGCAGCUCGUCUGACAUCUCUUCCCACAGUUAAACCAACCAAUCAUCUGUUCCAGCCCUAAACCAAGCCUAGCCUCACUCCUAGUCCAGUUCAGUUCUGCUCGGUUCUGCUGGGAAGGUUAAUCUCAAAACUCCUCCACAGUCUUAAGGUCUUAAUAAGGUCUUAUUUAAACCCCUUCAGUUCUAAGGUUUUGAGAUUGUGCCCACAUUUCAGUGCCUGACUCUCUUGACUACAGAAAGCACUUAUUAGUUUCAACCUAGUUAUUGAGUAAUAUGUGAUUUUAGCCUUAAACUCGGUUCUAUUAUUAAUUUUUAUGCUUUUUAUCCAGUAUCUACUAUGAGUGAUUCUACAAUUGCUGUUAAACUAAUGUGUUUUUUGUGCAGUCAUAAGAGUAAGGAAUUAAAGACUUGGCAACCUUGAUUACCCAAGGGGUUAAAAUAGGAUUGAGAAUGGGGACUGGACUAGACUGGACUGGACUGGGAUGGGCUACAUAAGGAGAGCAAACAUGACUCAGUCCAGUUCUGUUAAGGCUCUUACCUUGACAUCAUUCCAUCACUGCUGUGGCAAACCUGUUUUGUACAAAGAAUCUCCGUUAUUUCCUCAUGUUUGGAGACAGAUUUACUGCAGCUCCUUGAACAUAUUACCAUUUGAAGCACAUACAAUCCAAGUAAGGAAAGAAAAUGAUUGCCUGCAGAAAGCAUUCUGACCAAUCAUCAACUCGCCAUGUUGCUUUUACCUAGUGUCAGCUGCUUCUGUAAAUCAGGCAGCCUUUUUAUAGUGAAUGUAAAAGAACCGGAGCGGUGGCCGUUCAUUCCCUUCGUAGGCUUAGUAGUUGACCUCCUACUCACUGCUGCCUCCGAUUUCUGGAACAUUCUCUAAUUUGUGCAUGACAGAUAUUGGUAUCUAGGCCAAUAUUGUUUUUUGGGAGUGGGGUGCAUUCAAAACUAUAUAUGCAAAAGAACAGAGAUUGUAUUUGUACAGUAAUUCUUUCAUUAUGCCCAAGGGGAAUGGAGAACAAAAAGGACAAAAAGAAUGGGGUGAAUUUAUUCAUUUUAUUAAUUUGUUCAGUGUGUAAAAUAUACAUAGAUAAUUUAAUCACCCAUUCCUCAUGUCUUAUUUUUGCUUAAUCAUUUGGCUGGUCCAGUGACUUACUCAAGAAGAAGGUCUGUCCCGAAUAAAAUUUUUGAAAUAUUGCAGAAUUUAAGGUGAAGAUAAAAUGCUUUUAUUGCCUUUAGAGUUGAAGCCCAAUGUGAAGACUGAUUGAUGUAUGACUGAUUUGAAGAAAGCCUUGAUCACAAUCUGUCUUAAUGGCACAUUUAUAGGCUAAAGGACAAUUUUCAGCUAAUUUCAACCAAGCUGUGUUUGGUCUUUCUCAAAUUCUCAAAUAAUACAACUAGAGAAUGACUUUAGUUUAAUUUAGAAGGAGAAGGAUAUACAGGCUCUGAUAUCACGUGCGUAGUAGAAUUAUAAAAUUUUUAGAGCAAUAAUUCUAAUUAAAAAUGAUCCAAAUUGGAUUUACUCUUAGUCAAACCACUGUUUAAACCCAAUUCUCUGGUUUUUGGAAGGUGUGUAUGCCUGUAUGGUCUUUUAGAGCGCUUAGGGCCCUUACAACAUUUUUAAGCUGCUUUAAAUUGACCCACGGCUCUUUAAUUAUUAUACUGAGCUGUUUGUUUAUGAAUGUUCAGAGUGUGUUCAUGUGUUAAGAUUGGUUUACGUUACUAAUAGGCCUUACCAUGUACCCGUACCCGAACAUUUAUACAUUUCUGAUGAAACGUUACUGUUUUCUUAAAUGUGAAGACACACAUGUUGUAUGUGUGAAUGGGUUUUGCUGGGGUUUGGAAUGGUUUGAAAGUUCUCAAAUGCAGCCUGGAGAUGGAGUCCUUGCUACAGUUGUUGCAUUUGGUAAUAUGGUGGCAAGUUUGUGGCAAAUUAUAAAAAUUGAGCAGAAGUUUUAAAGAUUGUAAUUCCCUGUAGAAAUGCAGAAUUGUGUCAGGAGCAAACCCAAUGAAAAUAAAAAAGCUAGUGUAUAGAACAGGUCUAAAUUAAAAUAAAUUAAAUAAAAUAUAUUUCUGUCAAUAAAUCUGUCGCUAGAUAAAAUCAAACAGCUAGCAUUUAGCAGUUGUGAUAUUACACUAAUUGGUUUAAUUAAUUUGCUAAAGUAAGAAAAAGUCAUUUUACUGUGGAAAAAAUAAUAUUGUCAACAGCAAAAAUAAAUAAAUAAUUAAACAGCCAGUUAGCAAAAUCAUACUAAUUGGUGACUUCCAUUUAAUAUUACACAUUAACAUAAAUAAGAAAACAAUGGAAUGAAUGUAAUUUUCAGUUAGAAAAAAAUGUUUUUAACAACAAACAGCCAUGAAUAAAAAAUGUGCGUUUGGCAUUUUGCUAAUAUGUGGCUUUUAUUCACUGUUAGUCAUGUUGGCAACAACAAAAAUAUUUCAGUCGAAAAAUACUAACACUAAUUAUAGUAAAUAAAACAAACAAUGGCCAGUUAGCACUCUAAUUCUGAAUUAUAAUUAAAACUAUAACUCACAGUAAUUUUCAGUCACAAAUAUAAAACAUAAAACAUAUGGUAUAUACAUAUACAUAUAGAACUAAACAAAACUGGUGAAUUCAAUUCACUAUCAGACUUGUUAACAUGAGAAAAAAUAAUGAAUGUCAUUUUUAAUCAGAAAAAAAGUUGUUUCUGACUAAAACAUACAAUAGUCACAAAUGAGCAGUUUAUUUAAUGACAUCGAGUUAAUUGCUGAAUCACUAUUAGACAUGAUAUUCAACGUAAAAAAUGGAAUGAAUGUAAAUCCUGUCAGUUUGUAUUAGCAACACAAAAAAGUCAUUAAUUAUCAGUCAAAAAAAUAAAAAAACUAACAGUGGAGGAAACCAUUGGCAGACAGUUAGAACCCAGCAAACUGAUAGCUGCCAUUUGCCUUUAGCUAUGUUAGCAUCUGAGAAAAAUGAAACAGAAUUAAAGUCAUUUUUCGCAAAUAAAUCUGAAAUGUCGCUAACAUUAAAUAAAAAAAUGUGCUGCCAAACACAAGCAUUAUGUGAACUACAACUAUCAUGCUAACUGGCUAAGCGGAUUUCAUUAAUUGUUAGCCACAUUUAGCAUGUUUAUUAAAUUUCUUACUCUAUGACAGCUUUUUAAAGCUUUUUUCACAGUUUUAUUUGAAACAGGCUGAACUGAAGAGUGUUUCUCAGACAUGUGCAGGUUUUUAGAGGUUGGAUCUCUGUAAGAACAUCUCCUGAUCUCCUCUCUUGUCCCCUCUGCCGUGAACACAGUACUGUAACGAUUUGUGGAGUAAGCGACUUUGUGUGUGAAGCUAAGUGAACUAAUGUAGGUGACAGAGUAAUAAGUCUCCUGGUCGUGUGUAUAGUGUAGAUAUGUUUACAUGUACACUUUUUGCAUAGAGAGCUCUGUGCAGGCUUGCCGGCAUCCCAGGCUUACAGACAUCUCAGACGCUGAUUUACCUUAUUUUCCUAUUCAUGACUAAUGACGAACGCCACCCACCUCUUACAUUACAAGCAACUUUGUUCUCAUCAGCUGCAAAUAAGACUGCAUGAGUGAGUGUGUUUUCUCUCUGUGUGUAUGUGUGUAUGUUUCUGUGUGUAUGUGUGUGCGAGUGUUUGAGUGUGUGUAUAAGGGAAAAGCCAGUGUUCCAUAGAGGACUGUUACAAUUGCAGCCAGUACAAUGCUUUAUCGCUUCUGCUGACAUACUGAAAUGUUACACAAUGCCACCUAUCGCUUACUGCGCAUGCCUUUUGUUUAGCUGCUCUUAUUUAAUAUAUCCAUAUCUGUAUUUAUAUAUUUGUUUUAUUUUAUGUGCUUUACGCCGACUGUACAUAAAAAAAGACCCUGUUUUUGGUUAACUUUCACCUGUGAUAGAAUUUGCAAUCUGUAAAAUGUUGUUUGCUCUAGAUAAACGAAACCUCUGAGUUUUCCAUUCCUCA